GCGGCACAUGUGACAUCGGGGAGUGCAAGGUUAUCAAUCUCCUGGAAGCGGCGCCCAAGAGCAAAUAUGCACAGUGCACUGCUUCAGAUGCCCGUCAAAAUGAAAUGUUAUGCGAAACGGGACAGGCAUACAUGUUAUGCUACGCAGAUUGGAUCACCACUACUUUAAGAAAGAGGGGCGUGGCCUCCGAGUUUGACAAAAGCAAAAUUGUUGACUUGGCGGUGGACAGCGUUAGGAAUGAUCCAAAUGAGGUUUCAUCAAAAGAGGAAAAGCCUGCAAAGUCAUUGGUACAAACCAGUCAAGUCCCAACAGUCAUUUCAGCCAAAACAGAAGUUCCAAGUAAGUGUGGAGAGACAGGAGACAAAACCGUGGAUUUGGAGAUUCAACCAGAAGCUGGUGGAUGUACUGCUACUACUCUGGUAGCCCCAAGACCGCAGUUUUUCGAAAGAAAUGCGGGAACCUACAAAGGAGAGACCCAACAACCCAGGAAGCCUUACAUGCCAAGGAAUCCAUCUCCCAAAUCUACAGGAGAAUCAUCAAGAUCUCAGGCCCCCCAUGAAAUAGACAGAAGAUUGAAGGGCCCAUAUGCCCAAAAGAAUAUUCCUAGUCUUCCACUCAAGGCCUGGACUACCAAUGAUUCUAUCAAUCAAUUUGCAGCUAGGAUGAUCCUGACUGGAAGAGUUCAAAAGGAUUGGCUUCUGGAAAAGAAAGAAAAAGCUAAAGAAAAACUGGCAGAUUGUUGCUCUUGUGAUUAUUGUGGUAGAAGUGAAGGGCAUGACAGGGCAGCGGCAGAAAGGGCACGACAAAAAGCUAUGGAUAGGGCGGAGUGGGAUUAUAUGAUGUACAACCUUGGCAAAGAAUCCAAUGAAUGUUCAAGUCCACCAUCCGGUUCUGUCCCACCACCAGCUCCGACGACCGAACAGAGCGACCCUUCCAGUCAGACCGAAUGUUGCACAGAUUGUUGUGGGCUCAACUCAAACAAUGACUCAUCGAGCUCAGAUGGCUGCUGUGACUGCCUCCCCAGCUGUGAUCAAGUAGGAGACACGUGCUCAAGCAUUGGCGCCAGCAUAUCAGAGAUCAUGCCAUCGGGAGACGAUAUCAGCAAUGGUAUAAAAUAUCCCUUCUGGUGA